AUGCCACGAAUUCAUCUUCGCCGCAAGGCUAUUUUUUAUCUGCUUGUGAUAGUCAUCGUUAUUUUGGUUGUUUUCAAUGUCUUACGCUGGGACAACCGUGUGUCGUUGGAUAAAUUAACCGUCAACUCGUCGAUGAAACGGUUAAUUCAGAAAUUGGUCCCUAAACCAAAGCGUGUGUUGACGUUCGAAAUUGGCAGGCCAAAGCCAGAAGGAAAACCGUCAGUUUGUCAGUUCACCCAAAGCGAUGGCCUUGAACUCCUUGCAGAGAACUAUUUAUACCCUGGGGACAUUCCAGUUGAGAAGAAAUGCUCAGAAACCAGUACAAUUAUAUGUGCUAUAAGUGGUUCCUUCGGGUCCUUUCAAGUCAGCUGUGAACACAACCCGUGUAGUUCGACUGUCAAAGUUGGAUCACUGAUUAAAGAGACUGGUCAAAUUCAGUGGGAGGAUGUCAACUCGAGUAAACUCGAAAAAUUUAUCCAAGAAUUUGUGCUUAAAAAUCUAGACGAAAUGUAUCCGUUCUUCUAUUUAAAAUGUGGUGAUACCACAAAACAUAAUAUUGCUAGCCAAGCAACCCAGUUAGUCUCAGUACCCCUUGCUAUACCUAUCAAUACCUCACAUGCUACUAAAAAGGACAUUAAUGUUAAUAUUCUAUUUUUGAAUGCAGUCUCAAGGAGGCACUUUUACAGGUCCCUACCAAAAACAAUAGCAGCAUUUCGUAACAUUAACCUUAACCCAAAAUCUACUUCAAAUGUUUUAGAUUUUGAGCUGUAUCAAGCCUUGGGGGCAACAUCCCAAGAAACCCUUUUGGGAUUUGUCACAGGCAGGAAUAACAAUUCUCAAAGUACAACAGAAAAAACCUUGCUGAAUCACUUUAAGCAGACUGGGUACCAGACCCUUUGGCAAAAUGACAAGUGUUGGAAAUCCGAUGUCGAUUUUGCCUGGUACUUUGGGAUUCAUAAUUCAAAUAUUCAAAAUAACUUGGAAAAUUUGAAAGUUAAAUUGACAUCAGAUAACAUAGAUUCACUUGGUCUCACACAUUCAAGCUGUGUUAAGUAUGUUGAGAAUACUGAAGAAAAUAAUAAAUUAACAAAUUGGCAGAUUUGUAUCAAUGGAAGGUUCCAACAUGAUUACUUUUUAGACUAUAUUGGACAAUCACUAAGUGAAGUUAAUAAGAACCCUUCAUCAAGGCCUCUGUUUUCAUUGACAUCUUUAAGCUUGGGGAAAGAGAAAAGUGGUCGUCAUAUCCAAGUGUUAGAUAAUUCUCUAGCUACCUUUGUGACAAAAAUGGCUGCAGACAAGAAUACCAUCACCAUUUUAAUAUCCGACCAUGGUAACACCUUUGACAUGUUCCCAGUGCAAACAAUGGAAGGUCAAUAUGAACAAUACAAUCCAUUUUUAUUUAUGGUUUUACCAACUUUUGUUGCAUGGCGACUUGGAGAAUCUAAGAAAAAGAUCAUACUUAACAACCAAUUAAAACUUAUCUCAAUUUCUGAUAUCCAUAAUAUGGCAUUAUCUUUAGUGGAAAACCAAAAACAUUCAAAUGAGUCGCACGAUCAUGGACUGUUUACAGAAAUUGAUGCUAAUAGGAACUGUGCUCAUCUUCAUUUGUCCUCAUCAUCAUUGUGUAUUUGUGACGGUUGGGACUCAAUGCAACAACCAAACACAUUCCAUUCCAUUAUUGCCGAGUUUGCUUUAGGUCGGCUCAACAACUUGAUUGCUAACCAAUACACUAACCAAAAGACUCAAGAAGCACCAUUUGUUACAUGUGAACGAUUAAAGGGGGUGCUAUUAAGGAACAUUAGUCAGAAGAGAAUUGAAAAUGGGUACAUUAUUACUCAAAUUGAUAUUUAUGUCCAAAACAAUGAGCUAUUUAGUGUUAAUGUCAAAUGGCAUGGUGAUAACAGUCCAGCAAUGGAAAUGGCACUAGUUAACUAUAAAAGAAAGCAUUCUGAUGUUGAACAUAAUUCUUGCUCAACAUACAUUGACAGAGACCUAUGUGUCUGCCAUGUUAAGUUGAAAGAAAGCAACUCUGCCAAAAUCAUACUAAACUGGAAAAAGUAUGGCAGUGUAUUUGGAAAGAGGACAAAGGUAGACAAUCGGCACAACCAUUGCCUUUAUAUUCUUUCUAGGGAUUAUGGAGUGAGCACAGUGUUUGAAGCUGCAAAUAUGUGCAAUGAUGGUGAAUAUAAUGUGAGAAUGAAUUUUGAGUUAGAGAACAUGAGAACACCUGGGGAAUUACCAGUUAAUGUGACUAUCCCUCCAAUGUCUAUUGAAUUUUUAACAUUUGUUAUGCCUCUGCAUUUGACUAAUCCUGGCACCUGGGAAUAUGAGGUAGACUUUUCACUUAACAUCAAAUGA